AUGUCAGAAGAGAGGCUCUUGCAGGAAGAAACGCCUUACUCAUAUGGGCAAUAGUAUUCGUAAUAGAAGUAGAAUUAAGGCAAUGUUGAGGAGCAUUAAUUUGAAGUUUAGGAAAACGAGAAGGAUGAACUGUUAAAGAAGAUAGAAGCGUUAGAAACUAAAUUGAAAAAUACCAUAGACGACAAGCCUUAUAGUGAAUUGAUGAGAAUAUUAAUAUGGGAAGCAUUAGGAACUGCCUUUUUUGCUUAUGGGAUAGUGUGUUCAAGAGGAAAUGAUGUCAUGUUGAGUGUAUAUCUGUUUGGAGCAAUAUUUUUGAUCGGCAAGAUUACAGGAGGCCAUGUGAAUCCUGCAGUUUCGAUGUCAUUUUAUAGUUCCAAUGAGAUAAGUGCAUUUACAAUGAGAGUCUAUUGGGCAGCUCAAGUGGGUGGUGCAAUAGCAGGAGCUUUGGCUGCUUUUGUGAUUGUAGGAAGAGUCACAUCUCCGUACAUUGAGACACAGCCAAUACAAUGGAUGGUGGCUGAUUUUUGCGGAGAAGUACUUUAUAUCAUGUGAUCCAUUAAGGUUUUGGGUACAUUUGUAUUUUGUUUGUUUAUUCAUAUUCAAGUGCAUCCACAAACGUAAUUAACUGAAAACAACUUGAUAGGGAUUGGCAUUAUAGCAACUGCACUUUAUUUCGGAAGAAUAUUAACAUUUCAUACUGGAGGUAUCUUUAAUUUUUCUAUGUACAUAGGUUGUUUGAAUCCAGCAAUGGGAGUUGGUUUAGGUAUCUUCGAGUCAUUAUAGGAUGGUAAUUGGGAUCGACUGAUUAAUAUAUGGAUCUAUAUCUUUGGUCCUCUUUCUGGAGCGUCUUUGGCUUCAGAGUUUUACAAAAGCGUUUAUGUAGGUUUAUUGCCUAAGAAAUAAUGA